CGGAGGAGCUCAGUCUAGUGCCUCGCCUGCUACAUAAGCGGACGCUGCCUCCACACUCCUUAUUACUGUGUUUACUCCAGUUUAAACAAUGGUGGCACGGCUUUAUUUACUCUAGGAGAGGUCUAAGUCUGAAAUCUGCUUUGAAAUUCCCGUUGUGGUGAACAUGAUUACGUUGAAAAUGACCGUAAACCCAAAUACCCCAUGUUGACAGCAGAGCCAAGGCAACCAUUUCAAAUGAGCGUUUUAUCUUCUCUUGUGACCGAACUUCCCACAAAUGUUAAUUGGUGAUCUGAGUUUGAACUCUGAAGGACGUCUCCAACUCUGUGACUGAGGGGAGAGAGUUAACCCUACGUGAAGGUUUGUUCACUCCCGCGUACAGAUAAAUGUUUACUCGAGGCGCCUGGGUGUGGGACCAUCUGUGGCUGUGUGUAGUGGCCGCGUCGGCAGUAUGGGCGACGAUGGUAACGACGACGCAAGGUGAUGACGACUUACCUUCACAUCUUCAGGAGGAGGAACACUAUCGCUCCCUUGCCUUUGACCUGGAGGUGCUGCUGGAACAGCACCUCAAUAACUGGCGUUUCCUGACAGAAACGCCUUCCACGUUCGACGUCGGGGGGAUGGUGGGGAGACGCUGGUUACACCCCGAUAAUAUAAGUAAGUCAACCCUAAAACCUAAACAAAAGGGACAGAGUGUUGAUGACUUAAUAAGAUGGCCAAGUUUAGAUUCUGAAUCCAUAAUUUGUGAGGACAUAUUGUGUACCAACAAGAGUGUCGAUUAUGAGGUGGGUGUAGGAGGCCAGGGAGGACAUCAUGGAGAUCCCAUAAGUGAAAAAGACCAAGGUAAAUAUCAAGGAAGCGUAGGAGAUCAGGGAGAAAACUUGGGAGUCUCUAAAACAUAUGGAGGCCAAGGAGACCAGGGAAAACAUACAGAGACGUACGGCCAAGAAAAUCCUGGAGACACCACUAGGAGUGUAGGAGUAACAGGAGACGGUGGGCAGGGCCGGGGGAGACGGUCGGGUAGGAUGCCGGUGAUGUACAUGCCGGGGAAGAAGACAACGAGGAAGUGUGUGGCGGCUAAUGGGAUCUUCUCCGGCCACAACACCUUCAGCUACCUCAGCUUCAUCACCGGCGUCCUCUCCCUCAUUCUCAACAUCAACAACAACAUCAAUAACAAUAACAACAACAACAACAUAAAUGACAACAACGCCAUCUCCAACAGCAACGUCGACGCCAACGCUAACACCAACACAGCCAAUCAAAUCGUGGUGUUCCCCCCUGGGAGAAAGAGGAGAUCCAUCGUCGACUUGAUUCUCCAGGUAAUAAACACGCCCACAAGUCAUGAUGGCCAGAAGUCCACACUUACAGGUCAGGACCAGACUCCCACGGCUACAGGUCAGAGACAGAAAGAGGCACCAGAAAGACUUGGUAGCUCUCUCAGUCAGCACGUUAUAGACGCCAUGACCGCUAGUCUUCGCCUGCUGGUGGCCGCUACUACGGAGGGCGUGGGAGCGAGCCUGGAGGCAGCUGGGGUGGGGCUAGAUUGGGGCCCGACCCUCUGCCCCACUUCGCAACUACUUACUUCCAGAGGGGGUUCCGAGGCACAGCUGGCCAACAUUUUUAGGGCAGUGUCACGACGCUGGACCAACGGUGGAAAUGGAGGAAUGUGCCCACGACGACGCCACGGGUGAAGCGAAGGCGAGUUUUAGGACACCAGCAUUGCCAGAACGUCCACAAGGCAAAACCUUGACAGCAACUGAUGAAGUUCGCGGAGCAUUAAAUUCCUAUAUAUAUUUUUGGGGUACUUUUAUUAGAUAUUCCUCCUUGGCGAAAAAUU